CAAGGCAUUUGUCAUUGUCAUGAAAGAUUUACGGAAAUAAUAUAUGGAAAUUAUUAUUUGAAUAGAUUAUAUAACAAUGUCUUUAAUUGAUAAAUUGCCAACUGUAGAAAAAUGUUGUCUCUGCAUUAAUCUAAAAUGUGGUACUAUUUUAAUAGCCAUAUUAGGAAUGUUCAGUGUCGGCAUCGGAGCGGCGCGGUUACUCACACACGACUGUCUCGCGGCCGAGCGUGGCACGUUGGCAAACGUGAUAAAAAUAUAUGCCUAUGCCGUAGCCGUGGUGCAAAUUUUAUUACUAAUCACCAGCAUUAUAUUAAUUAUAGGCGUCAUCAUAGGUAACCGGACUACGGCAACAUGGUUCAUAUAUGCUGGUUUCGCCGCUAUUAUUGUUUUAGUGAUUGGAGUUAUUCUUUUGAUCGUCAAUAGAUUAGUUAGCAGUCUCUGCCCAUUACCGCUCAUAGAAAUUAUUUCUUCUAUAGUGACGUGUUUAG